AGCUGGGGUGCAUGGGGAGGAAAGGGAAGUGGCACAGAGUCCCAUGCCUGUCAUUCAUGAAACAGGCACUUGUUAAUGGUCUGCUGCGUGCCAGGCCCUGUACCCAGUCCUGGGAGUGUAGAGGUAACCCGAGAGACUAGAAACAGGCUUCUUUAGGAAAAAUUAAAUCUGCCCCCAACUAGACUCCCUAUAUAAAGUCGGCCAGGCCUCAGCUGCUCUCUGUGCCAGCCGCUGGGUCCUGACUUCCACAGUGGCCACGCUCUCAUGACCUCCCGUGACCAUGUGUGCUCUGGUCUGCACAGGCCAGGUGUUGGGAGAGCCAGGCACAGUGACGAGCAGCCUCCCCAGGUGACCUGUCUCUGACCCGGAUAUCAGGUUUCCCGGGCUGCAGCAGACAAUCAGCACAUUGUCACCAGGGCUGCAUCAUGGAGCAGGGGAGCUGCCGGGCCGAGAGACCCGGGUCUGGACCUGUCGGGGCCCCACUGACUGCAAUGUGCUUCCACAUGAAGACCAAGCCCUGCCACGGGGGCUGGAGAGCUCCUGGCCUCCUACUGCUGCUGCUGGCACUGGCCACCGCUGGGGCUGUGGCUGGAGGGCUUCUUGGCUUCGCUCACAGCCCUCUCAAGCCACUGCUGCAGACGCUCCGUCUGACCCUCCCGAGCCCCAGGGUACCCUGGUCCAACCAAACCGAACAGGUGGACGUGGCCCAGAACGUGGCAACCAUCAGGGUGACUCCAGCUCAGAGCAACCGCAGCUGGGCAGUGCUGUUCGACGGGCAGAGCGGUUGUGUCUGUUACCGCCCCUCAGAGCACCAGGCCUGCUUCCUCCGCCUGAUGGAACCCCGAGACCGCGAGACCCUGCAGCUGCUGGUGAACACCUCUUGGCCCCAAGGGACUCGCAGCCCCAGCCAGGACACCCACUAUGCCCAGGAGCUGCUGGCAGUGCUUGGGAGCCGUGAGGUGGACCCUGCCCAGGUGGGGGCUUCUGUGCGGAACCUUUGUGCAAAGACCCCCAUUUACUGGGCCCGACGAGCAGAGAGUGAGUUGGGGCAGGCUGUGCGGAGGGGCCUGGGCUCCCGCAGGACAGUCGGUGGCGGGGUGGGGAAGGAGUCCUUUAGGGAUCAUGGAGGCCCCUCCCCCCAGGGCCCCAGAGGCAGCGGCUGAUCUACCUAUGCAUCGACAUCUGCUUCCCAAGCAACAUCUGCAUGUCCGUCUGCUUUUAUUACCUCCCGGACUAAGCCCUUGCAGCACAGCCCCUCAGGCCAGCCAGCUGGCUGGCGCGAUCACCAGUCCAUGGAGGGUAGCCGCUGGCGGGGCUAAUAAACAACUCCACCUGGC